AUGUCAGAUUCUCGCAAGAUGGCGCUGCCGCUUUUCCACCGCAACAUCUCUUUGCUGCCACUCGCGGCAAACUUUUCCGUAAUAAAAAGUGGAGGUGCCGCACCUCGCUCGCUGCACGCUCUGCAGCUACCUAGCUCGCCGCUCUCCCCACUGUCCACGACCACCCUUCCCUCCUCCUGCUGCCCCUGCACGAUGCCAUUGCCGACCUCGUGGUUCCACAGGCUGCGGCGGAAGAGAAGCACGGCGAGAGGAGAUGCCAGCGACGUCGAGGCUGCGACCAAGACGGCUCCCAUGGCGGGAGCUCUGCCUCCCUGCUCCCCGAACAGAGCUUCCUACUACUUCCCGAGCAGAGAACGCCGCGCCGCCGCGGACAACCCCAAGGUCCGGGACACCCGCUUCCCGCGGAGUCCGCAGCCCAGCGACAUCGUGUUCGACGUCGUCGCCGUCUCCUCGGCGGCCGACCGGUUCGACGGGAUGAAGGAAAUGCCGGAGCUCAGGCUGCGGCCCAUACUCACCAAGCGCGCCGCCAAGAAGGGCGGCGACGGCGACGAGGCUUUGGACAGCGGCACUAGCGCGGCCGCGUCGCCGACGGCGUGCAGGGCGCGGCGGUUCCACGCGAGGCCGGCGAGCGGGAGGCGGAAGGGGAGGGUAGCGCCGGCGGCGUUGCCGGCCGAUGCCACCGCCCGGAGGCGGCGUCCCAGGCGGCGGUGCCGGUGGCUGUACGAGAGCCUGCUGGUCGUGAAGGAAUCCGCCGACCCCGAGGAGGACUUCCUGGAGAGCAUGGCGGAGAUGAUCGCCGUGAACGACGUCCGCUCGCCGCGGGACCUGGAGGAGCUGCUCGCGUGCUACCUCGCGCUCAACGCCGCCGAGCACCACCGCGCCAUCGUCGGCGCGUUCCGCCGCGCAUGGCUCCACACCGCCACCGCCACCGCCACCAUCGCUAACCCGAUCACGACCAAGUGAUCGUCUUCUCAUCGGAGACGGACGAUUGCUACGUGCCUGUACAGUGUGAUGGACCAUGAUGCAUGUGAAUUAAGAUGGUUUCUUGCACAAAUCGCAAGAUGGUUUAAUUCGAUCGUGCAGCAUGUGAAUUAAGAUAGUUCUUGCACAAAUUAAUCGCAAGAUGGUUUAUAAUUCGAUCGUGCUGCAUGUGAAUUAAGAUGGGUUUGAUUCGAUCGUGCUGCAUGUGUUUGCGUGGUCGAUGAAACGUGUGUGUUCGCCGUGGUUAAUUUCGUUGCGGCUGCAAAGCUGAGUGAGAGUGCACGCGCGUCCGUCACGGGGCAGCAUCCCAUCACGCUUUAGUUUUCAG